GCAUUUUUCAACUGCAUAUCCCUCUUCCACCUACCCUCCAAACCUUCCUUUUACUCUUUUCAUCCCUCUCACAUCCCACUCUUUAAUCUCACACACACCUCAUACACACACAGAAGCAAACAUGGGAGAAGAAACAAAAACAGUGAAUAAGCAAGAUGACAGGGAUGCUGUGCUUGCAAAACUGGAGAUUGAGAAAAAAUUGUCACUAAUCAAAGCUUGGGAAGAAAACGAGAAAACAAAAGCUCAAAACAAGGCACAUAAAAAGUUAUCAGACAUAGAUGCUUGGGAAAAUACAAAAAGAGCAGCUGUGGAAGCACAACUGAAGCAGAUUGAGGAAAAGUUUGAGAAGAAAAAGGCAGAAUAUGCAGAGAAGGUGAAGAAUAAGGAGGCUUUAGUUCACAAGGCAGCUGAGGAAAAGAGAGCAAUGAUUGAAGAAGAUCGCAGCAAAGAGUUUCUCAAGGCAGAGCAAAUGGCUGCCAAAUAUCUCAACUCAGGCAGCAAACCUGAGAAAUCAUGUGCAUGCUUUAGCUGCUGAUUCUACUUGUCAAUAUAUGCUGAUGAAUUUCUCUUUUAUUUGUUGUUUUAGGCCAAGUUUUCUCUUCAUUUCAUUAAUUAAGAAUUUGGUGGUUUUUUGCUUGUUUAAUUGUGUGAUGUGAUGUGAUUUCUUCAAAAAAAAAAAAAAUUGUGUGAUGUGAUAUUUUGAUCCCUUUGAUAAA